AUGAAACAAAAGAUCGUCACUCAAGGGAAACUCAAGCACAGAUUGAAGUCUUUGUCCUCGGGCCUGGAGAAACGAUUGGCCGACCUUGAUUCAUCAUUGACCUCUGAGAAAGCGGGAGGGAGCAAGGCAAAUCCUGAAACUGAUUCUGUGGAGUCCAGCCUCGAAAUUCUUCUCACCGAACCUAAUAGCGAGAACACCGAUCAAAUCGACACAGAAGACGUCGAGGAAGUUACGGAUGCAGUCGAACAAGAUGAGACAGAAGAGGCUACCAAAACCAAUCAGAAGAGCGUAGAGCAGGGAAAUGGCAACCAUACAGUCAUUAAUGAAUCAGCUGCCAAGCGCCGUCGUCUCUUGGAUCCGGAAGACUUGCUUCAGGACAUGAUCGAUACUCACACGAAAAAUCCAGAGACCAACGAGGAACUCCAGCCAUUCAAUAUUCUCGGCGGAACGCUGCACUCCAAGUUCCAUAUACCAUUCGGAACUGCUGAAAAUGACAUCGAGACUGAGGCGGCGGGACAGAUCGAUGAAGUUACGAACUCAUCAGAGAUUGAGGUGGUCAAGGAGACGAUGAUUCACCAGGAUUUAAGUAUCGCUGCAGGAGAGGAAAGCCUUGAUUUGGACGAGGACCACUGGUAUGCGGAUGAUGAGGAUGAGAGCGACCACAAGAGCGAGAGUAAGGAAUUUCCAGUGGAGGUUCUAAAGGCUCAAGACACUGUGGAGACAUGUGUAUCGGAGAGACAUCAGGAAUUGGAGUCGAUGAAGUCGGAGGAUUUGGCGGAGUCGUAUGGAGCACAAGGAGAAGCUGAAGCUGAAGCAGGUCCAGCAGUUGUUGAGAGCAGUGAGGAGAGUGAAGAGGAGUAG